AGCUCGGCCAGCCUCUGGGAGUCGAUUUUGAAUAAUUGGAGGAACGUGGGCCUUUCUGGACGCGCUCAUCCUUCCAUAGCUUCCCCGCGCUGCCGUACUUCGGCUCCGGGCCAGCGAAAGCCGCUCCCGCGCGCUACCAGACGCUACAAGAGCAGCAGGUCACCGCCGCCCUGCUGCCGAGCGCCGACGCCGCGCAGCGCGAGCCCACGAUGGCUUCCACCGCCGCCGCCCAGCAACGAAAAGCUGUGCUUCUGGAAGCGCGCAUGAGGGGCCUCACGGGCUCGGAAGCCUCGAGCGCCUUCGCGCCGGCCGCGGCGACGUCGCUCGACCCUCCCGUCACGGAGGUCGGCUUCCGGUCGCCCGCCACGUCGCGCGAGGGCGUAUCCACGAAGCCCGCAUCUGGCUCAAGCUCGAUGACCGGUGUGCUGCCCCCCGGCGCCCCGGCGCCCCGCGAACCAAGCCCUUUGAAACGCAAGGCCGGCGACGGCAUGGGCCCGCCACCAGCUAGACGCAAAUCGGCGCAGCCGCGCAAGCUCCCCACAUCAAAACGCGCCUCGUCGGAUGGUGGAGACGAGCGUCUAUCAAAAGCCGAAGCCAAGGCGAGCGGGCUGAGCCAGGAGUUGGAAAGGGUGAGAGAAGCGGCGUCGAAGGAGGGCGAGGCGACGCGCCAGAAGCUGCAACUCACACGCGACGCCCUCGAGCAUGCACUGCGGGCCACGGCCGAGGCUGAUGCGAGGAAGGCUCGCAGAGAUGUUGCUGAUGCGGCGUUCGAGCUAGGUAGAGCUACUUAUGUGGCCGGUUCUCUCGGAGGGCGCGACGCCUGGGAGGACGGUGAUGCGGCUAGACGCUUGAAAGAUAGAGAAGAAGAACUGAGGAGACGUAGGGAGGACGAGACGAAGGUGAAGAGAAGUAUCAGAGAAAGCAAGAAGAAGGGUUUGAUUGCGGCGUCCUGUGGCCUUCCGGCAGCCUUACGCCAUCGACGCGACUCGUCUCCAUCAGACGAGGUCGUGGGUGGUUUCUUUUUCGAGUUUGAGGCCAUUCGGACCGCGUCGCGAGACCGCGAUGCUCCGCGCAGGUCUCGACGGGGCGACGGCCGACGAGGCGGCCAAGUAUCGGGCGCGCAAGCUCAAGAAAGACGAAGAGUUACUAGCGGGCGAGAAGGCUCGCUUACACCAAAGGAAGCUGACCCAUGCCCGAGAAUGGCAGCGCGUAAGGUGCGAGGACGCGUCCGUCUUCAAGCAUCGACCGACCUUACAUGGGAAAUACUUACUACAGCGUUUGCUGGGCAAGGGCGGCUUCAGCGAGGUCUGGCUAUCAUACGACCUAGAUGCCUGUCGACAUGUGGCCGUCAAGUUUCACACGCUAGAUUCUUCCUGGGGCGACGAGAAGAAGCGGGCCUACGUGCGGCACGCGGCGCGCGAAUAUUCGAUACAGAGGGACUUGCAGCACGAUCGCAUCGUACGCUUACAUGACGUCUUCGAAGUCGACGCGGACACCUUUGCGACGGUCCUUGAGUACUGCUCCGGCGACGACUUGGACCUGUUGUUGCGGGAGCGAGGGCGCCUGAAGGAGAACGACGCCAAGGCUAUCUUGCUACAAAUUCUAUCAGGAUUAAAGUACUUACACGCUCCUACUGGUACGGGUAACGAUCGCAGACGAGCGAUUAUUCAUUAUGAUUUGAAACCGGGCAAUAUAUUAUUCGAUCAGCGAGGUGAUGCGAAGAUCACGGAUUUUGGAUUGAGCAAGAUCGUGCCUGACGGUAGUAUGUCCCAGGGGCCCCUCAGCGUCGAGCUCACCAGUCAAGGUGCGGGUACGUACUGGUACCUGCCGCCCGAGUGCUUUCAGACUCAUGGCAGUGUCACGGUGUCGGGCAAGGUCGACGUCUGGAGCGUCGGCGUCAUCUUCUACCAGAUGCUGUACGGCAAAAAGCCGUUCGGCGAUGGUGUUACGCAGCAGGCCAUCCUUCGCGACCGGACGAUGCUGCGCGCGACGUCGGUGGAUUUUCCUGCCACUCCGAAGAUUAGCGACGCGGCCAAGGACUUCUGCCGGAAGUGCCUGGCGCACUCGUCGCUGGAGCGGCCGACCGUCGCGGAACUCGAGCAGCACGCCUACCUCACGUCCACCAAGUAAAUUGUAUCAGUCAAACUUGCCAACCUCCCACACCGGGUAAUUGUAUCAGUCAAACUUAGGAUAUAGGGGAGU